GGCUGCAGCGAGAAGUAGCAGCAGCAGCAUUGGCAGCAGCAGCAGCGGCCGCCCUGAAAUGCAUUUUCCUCUCCAGCGGCCAUGUUAACCAGGAAACCUGCUGCCGCUUCUGCCGCCUACCCAGCUGGCAGAGGAGGGGAAAGCACCGUCCGUCAGCUGCAGGCUUCGCCGGCACUCGGAGCUGGGGCUCCCCGGAGCGGAGUGGGGACUGGCCCGCCGUCCCCCCUCACCCUGCCGCCUCUCAGGUCCAGCAACACUGCGGCCGCUGCCGCGGCCCACACGAUUACCGGCGGCAAGCACGUUAUGAAUGAUCACCUGGUCAUUGGCAGCCACACACAACUCCAGGUACAGCAGCUUUUCGAAGAUAAUAGUAAUAAGAGGACAGUUCUUACUACACAACCAAACGGGCUUACAACGGUUGGUAAAACUGGAUUGCCACUAGUACAAGACAGACAAUUGGACAGCAUUCAUCGACGUCAAGGGAGCUCCAGCUCUUUGAAGUCCGUAGAAGGAACUGGGAAAGUGAAAGCCGCCUCUAUGACACCAGAACAGGCAAUGAAGCAGUAUGUGCUAAAGCUAACGGCCUUUGAACACCAUGAGAUUUUUAGUUACCCCGAAAUAUACUUUUUGGGUCCAAAUGCGAAGAAACGCCAAGGCACAACCGGCGGGCCAAACAAUGGUGGCUACGAUGAUGAUCAGGGCUCUUAUGUCCAAGUGCCCCAUGAUCACAUUGCUUAUAGGUACGAAGUCCUAAAGGUCAUAGGGAAAGGGAGCUUUGGACAGGUGGUAAAGGCCUAUGACCACAAAGUGCAUCAACAUGUUGCCCUCAAGAUGGUGAGGAACGAAAAGCGUUUCCACCGGCAGGCCGCAGAGGAGAUCCGGAUCCUGGAGCACCUGCGGAAGCAGGAUAAGGACAACAACAUGAACGUCAUCCACAUGCUGGAGAACUUCACUUUCCGCAACCACAUUUGCAUGACCUUUGAGUUGCUGAGUAUGAACCUCUAUGAGCUGAUCAAGAAAAACAAAUUUCAGGGCUUCAGCUUACCCUUGGUUCGAAAAUUUGCCCAUUCAAUUUUGCAGUGCUUGGAUGCUUUGCACAAAAAUAGAAUCAUUCACUGUGACCUUAAGCCCGAGAACAUCUUAUUAAAGCAACAGGGUAGGAGUGGUAUUAAGGUGAUUGAUUUUGGCUCCAGUUGUUAUGAACAUCAGCGUGUCUACACAUACAUUCAGUCGCGUUUUUAUCGGGCACCGGAAGUGAUCCUUGGUGCUCGGUAUGGAAUGCCCAUCGAUAUGUGGAGCUUGGGCUGUAUUCUAGCAGAGCUCCUAACAGGUUACCCUCUCUUGCCUGGGGAAGACGAAGGGGACCAGCUGGCUUGUAUGAUUGAACUUUUGGGCAUGCCUGCCCCCAAACUUCUGGAUGCAUCCAAACGAGCCAAAAAUUUUGUGAGCUCUAAGGGUUAUCCCCGGUACUGCACUGUUACAACUUUGUCUGAUGGUUCCAUCAUUCUAAAUGGCGGCCGCUCCCGAAGGGGGAAACUGAGGGGCCCACCAGAGAGUAGAGAGUGGGGGACUGCACUUAAGGGGUGUGACGAUCCUCUUUUCCUUGAUUUCUUGAAACAGUGUUUAGAAUGGGAUCCCGCCAUACGCAUGACCCCCGGCCAGGCAUUGAGACAUCCCUGGCUUCGGAGGCGCUUGCCAAAGCCUCCAACUGGGGAGAAAACAACAGCAAAACGGAUAACAGAGAGCACUGGUGCUAUAACGUCUAUUUCCAAGUUACCUCCACCUUCAAGCUCAGCAUCCAAACUAAGGACUAAUUUGGCACAAAUGACAGAUGCCAAUGGGAAUAUUCAGCAGAGGACAGUGUUGCCAAAACUUGUUAGCUGAGCUUGAGUGCCCUAAUGCUGGUAAUCCGAGAGAUACUAUAUUGCUGGGCCUUACUCAUUUGAAACAAGUAGCUCAGAUAUGUUUUCAUUUGCUCAAUAAUUUUACUUAUUUGUAUCUUUUUAGCACUUAUUUUAAUGUAAGAGUUGUUCAUUUUGUUUUUAUAAAGUAUAUGGGGACAAUGCUUUAAGUUUUUAUGGUUUUAAAGAAUGUUUUGUCUUCUAAAGUAUGAUGAGCCUUACUGUAUUUCGUGUGGCAGAGUAAUAAAUAUCAGUGGCAGGCCAUUGAUUACGACAUGACUGUCAUGCAUUACAGCUUGGUGUCAAAGAUAAUUCACUAUGUUUUUAUGGGUUCACAUUAUUAUAGUUUCCUCAGAGUGGUUGCCCCAUAGGGCUCUCCCCAUCUUCAACAUUUGCCCACAAAUGGAGCAUGUACUGUUGUUUUCCAAUAACAUUAUCUGGGAUGUAGGAGUAGGAGUGGUUAGGGUGGAAGUGAUCUGUCCUCUGAAGGUACAGCUGUGUCCUACAAUAUUUUGAAAGGUCACUCUUAAGAUCAGUGUCCAAACAAAAGCAAAAAUCAAAUCACUAAGAUAAAUUUUGUCCUAUUAGCAUUCAGACAGUGUGUAAAAAGCUAGAGAAGCAGACUGUGGGUGGAUGAAUGAAGCUGGCAAUCUGCACUCUUCUAAAUCUUACAAUAUGACAGAUGAGCAGCUUUGUAAAGAGAAAGUCAUGUAUUGCAAAAUGUUUUAAACCUAAUUUUAGAUGUGUAGCCCAUGGAGUAUUUCUCUUUCUCUCUGUCCCUUCGUUCGCUCCUUACCUAAACUCCCUUCUGCCCUUCUCCUUGUCCCACUCUGACAUCUCUUGCUUGCAGCCACAGUUUGCUUUCUUUUCUUUCAAGUAGACCCCCGGAUUGUUAACAUAGAAGAGACUUUUCAUUUCUGAUGGAUUAUGACUUCAGUUGAAAACUCUGGGAGAAAAACUAGAUUGACUAACUACGUGUUGUUCCAAGAUGCUACCAAAAGUUUCUUUUAGCCCAGGAGCUCAUUCUUCACUAAGAAAAAGUUAAAUCUCCUCUAUUAACGGAAAUACCUGUAGCUGCCCCGAUUAGGAUUGAUUCACACCAGCACUAAAAAAAAGGAAUAAUUUAAGGACACAUUCAUUUUUUUACUUAUUCUCUAGUAAUGAUAAUUGAAAGAAGAGUAGAAAUUACAUUCCUAUUAUUUUAUUUUACAUUUUAUUUGGAGAGCAUUUCUAGUUUUUGUGGGAGAAGAUACUUCACCUAGAAGAAUAAUAUCCAGCGUUAGGAAAGGGAAUAUUUCUUCUCUGAAUAGUAAUGAUUCCCAUGACUACAAAGUCAGUAUUUCAUCACAAAUUGAUCAACAGUGAGAUGCACCAGAUAACUGAGGGCAAAAGAACAAUGUUACAGAAUGUGUAAUUUAAUACAGAGAGAUUUCUGGCUGUUUGGACAAGAGGCUUUAGUUAGGGUAAUAAAUUAGCAUAAAUGAUUUUUAUAUGAACAGAGAAUCUUAAAUUGCCUAUAAAUUGUUUUACGAGUACUUAAAGCAUGGUCCCCAGUGAGGCCAAGAAAGUUUCCGGUUAAUUUCUUCUCCUAUUUAUCUCACAACUUCAUUUCCUUUUUUUCAAAAUAACAAAACAGUUUUGAACAAAACCUUUUAUUUAGCCUUGUGGGUUGGUUAAUAGUGGAGAAAAAUGCUCAGGAAAUACACAAAUAUUUGCCAAAAAAUCAAUACUUUAAAAUUAAAAUUCAUUUUUAUUAAGGUAUUGGUGUUGAUAUUUGCUUUAAUAUUUAAAGUUGCCACCAAUAAAUUAAUCUGUGCUUUUUCUUUAUUUAAAAAUGAUAGCUUUUGGCCCUAGUUCAAAUAAAAUGUCGUGGAAUACCGAAUGCAAUUCUAUGUAAUUUGUGAGAGUGCAAUAAUAGAUGAAUGUUGCAUUUUAAAUGAUACUAAUGUGAUACACAGCCUGAUCAGUGGCUUUUGAAAUUUAAAUAUCGGCUUAUUUAGUAGUCACAUUCGACCCUAGGAAAUCUGAGGUUUGGUUGCCCUGUGAACCACAAGUCUCUUAAUGAUGGUUAAUUAACAAAACAAAAAUGUCAAGACUCAAUUUGUCUUUUCCUUAUUCCUUUGCUUCUCCUCUCCCCUUUUAAUUUCCAGUUUGUCAAUAUCUAGUUUUAAAUAUUGAAGCCUGAGCCUGAGCCUGCUUUUAAUAUACAUUUCAUAAUAAAACAAUUAAAAACAA